GAGAGAGAGGUGCGUUUAGGUGAAUUCUUGUCUCCUUCUAGUACUACCACUAAGUGACGCCCUUCUCAGUAUUACUAUCUUCGUCACUUAUAUGCGAUUAUCAGGUAGUACUAGAAGGAGACAAGAAUUCACCCAAACGCACCUCUCUCGGCAACAGCCAGAACAAUAGAUCACUCAUUCCAGUAUAUAUAGAGUUCACUGGCGUUCACAAUAGAAAGGAGAGCAGUAUUAGUCGACGUCAGGAAAUACGUUGCGCUUUACAAUGUUCAACGCACCCUUUAUCCCAUACUUGCUGACGCUCAACACAAUCUUCUCAAACGAAACAUUUGAUGAUAAUGAAAAAGCGGAAUAUACAUUCGAUUUCAACACAACUAUUAUAAGCAACAAAAAUAUUACGAAGUGGUCAAACCAACCUUUCCAAAUUGAAGAAUUAACUGGCACAUUAAUAUGUCUGUCUUAUAUAACAAGUAAAAAGAUGGCUUGUUUGAUAUCAACAAUCUAUUCCUUGAAAAUUAUGAAGUCUAGUGAGGAGGCAAGCGGAAGAACUGUGAAGGAAAAGGAUAUUUUCGAGCUCAACCAGUGGAUUAUGAUUCAUUUCAAUAAGUAUGGCGUAGAAAAAUUAUUAGUGACUCCAGCAGUUAUAGAUUCUAAAUACCAAAAAGUUAAACAAACUGUUAUUGAAAGUAUUGUUGAGCAAUUCGACACAAACACUGUACUGAUAGCUGAAUUGUUCAAUGCGAAGUCGUCACACCAUUUAAUUCAACGCAACUUAACCAUCACCACAUCAGAAGGUACACCGACGGACCAGUGUACAAUCCAAUACCAAAUGAAUAUGCAGAACGAACAAAUAAACGAGGAUAGAGGCUACAGAUCAUACCGAAUUAUACCAGUACGGGUGGCAGAGAAUUUCCCUAAUCUAACGGAUGUACGGACACGUAUUAGCAAUAUUAAACGGAAUUGCGGCGUUACGUAUGACAUUGUCCACUUGUCCAUCAGGAAAAAAGCAGACAUUCAUACCUGGACGAUGGAGAUGAGUAAUAAUAAAUUAAACAUUUGCUCUAGAAUAGAUGUGAAAAUUCCUAAUAGUGAUAACUCAUAUGUUUGGAGGAAAGAAACGCAGUUACUUCUCAAUGAUGUCAGAUAUCCAGUAACUGGGACAUUUAUGUAUUCCUGGUUUGACUAUGAACUUUAAAAAACAAGUUUAAAAAAUGUACAUUUUAUGCAUAAAUAUCUAUAUCCAAAUCUUAAUUGAAAUAUUGUAUCAAAUCUUUUGUAUAUGUAGAAUUUGCUUAUAGUUGUGAGAUAUUAUUAAACAGCAUUGAUAAAA